AUGGAGGAAGAAAUGUCUGAAACUGAAAGUGUGUUUUCGAAGCUCUCCGACGAUGUUGUCCUCAACAUAUUGUUCAAGCUGGAGGAUGAUCCACGCUACUGGGCUCGUCUCGCCUGCGUCUCCACCAAAUUCUCUUCUCUGAUCUGGGACGUUUGUUGCAAAACCAAGUGUUCCCAGACCAUACCUUCCGUUGUCAACGAUCUCCUUUCCGGCACCGGAGGUUCCGGUUCCGGUGCUCCUCCCGGCGGAUGGGCUGCCCUUUACAAGCUCGCUGUUUCUUGUCCGGGUAUCCGUCAAGCUGGGGUCCUCUUGGAAAAUUCGGAUUUCGGCCUCCUGCGUGAGCUUGGGCCCGAGGAGAAUUUCCGUCCCCGGAUUCAUCAAGCUGCUUCGCCGGCGCCGGCGCCGGUUUCCGCUUCGGCGUUGGCCACGUGUUCUUCGAGAAGGGAUGCUUUUGAUUCGGAGGUAAAUGGGUCGGAUAAUUGUUGGUCUUUGUUUGAUGAUCUGUUCUAUGAUACUGUUUAUGAUACUUCUGAAGCGACGUCGACGGAUGACCCGGAUCCGACCAGGAUUGUUGUAGAUGAGGAGCCCCAGAGAGAAAUGGACCAGGCCGGAUCUCCGGCCGCCGGGUGUAAGAAGAAGAGGAAGAUUUGCCGUCAUAGAUCACUCAAGUCUCAUUUGGCCAAAGGGGUUUGGAAUUUGAGCCGGGAGCAAGGGAAUAAACUGCUUAACAGCCGGUUCAAAGGGGAUUGCUUGUACAUUUGUGAUUGGCCUGGUUGUGUUCACGUUGAGGAGAAGCGGAAUUACAUGCUUUUUAGGGGAAUUUUCAAGAAUUUUAAGCAGUCGAGAGUUUGGAGAACCAUUAACGAUGGACACAGGAGUAAGAUUGAGCUGAAUUGUGCAUUCUGCGCUUGUAAAGAGACGUGGGAUCUGCAUUCUGCUUUUUGUUUGAGAAGGUAUUUUGGGUUCCAUGAUGAUGGCGAACCAGUUGUUCGAGCUUAUGUCUGUGAGAAUGGUCAUGUUUCAGGGGCCUGGACUGAUUGGCCUCUUUACACGUGA